UCUCUCUCUAGAAAAAAUCCCGAAAUUAAUUUUUUCAACCGGCAAAGCCCUAAUUUCUCAAAAUCCCUCCAAUGGCGCCGGUUCCGAUUAAAUCAAACAAACCGGGAAUUAUAAAAUCAGAGACAGACCAGAAAGACUCAAUGAAAGGGAGAGAAUCGAAUAAUUUAUGGGUAGGGAACAUAUCAAGAGAUGUAACAGAAUCAGAUCUAAUGAAAUUGUUUGCGCAAUACGGUGCGAUUGAUAAUGUAACGACGUAUACAGCAAGAAGUUAUGGGUUUGUUUACUUUAAACGUGCUGAGGAUGCUAAACAAGCUAAAGAUGCUUUACAAGGGACUUCUCUUCGUGGAAAUCAGAUUAAAAUCGAGUUUGCUAGACCGGCCAAACCUAGCAGGCAUCUAUGGGUGGGUGGAAUAGGCUCAUCAUUUUCUGAGGAAUGGCUGGAAGAACAGUUUCUCAAGUUCGGUAAAAUUGAGGAUUUCAAGUUUCGUAGAGAUCAAAAUACUGCAUAUGUUGAGUAUUUCAAACUGGAAGAUGCUUCCCAAGCCAUGAAAAACAUGAAUGGGAAGAAAAUUGGUGGUGAUCAGUUACGUGUGGAUUUCCUUCGAACACAAUCCUCAAGAAGAGAACAAUUACCCGACUUUCUUGAUUCAAGACAGGAUCAGUUUUCAGCAACACAUUAUGGAGAAAGACGACCUCAGAUACCUAAAUCUCCAGGGGAGUGGAAAGAUGGCCAACCCAGCAAUAUUUUGUGGAUAGGAUAUCCUCCUUCUGUGCGGAUUGAUGAACAAAUGAUACAUAAUGCCAUGAUUCUUUUUGGUGAGAUUGAGAAAAUUAAAAGCUUUCCUUCGAGGCAUUAUUCAUUUGUGGAAUUUAGAAGUGUUGAUGAAGCCCGGCGUGCCAAAGAAGGGUUGCAAGGGCGGCUUUUCAGUGAUCCUCGUAUCACAAUUAUGUUCUCAAGUAGUGGAUUGGCACCUGGGAAAGAGGACUCUGGUUUUUAUCCCGGAGUUGAAGGUCCUAGGCUGGAAAUGUUCAACAAACAUCCUUUUGCGCCUAUGGACAUCAUUUUUGAUCAACCUGGUGGGCCAAGAAAUUUUCCUGGUCAAUUUCCACCCAGUGGCAUUCAUAGACCGAACCUGCCAGUAUGGCCUUUUGGUCCUCAAGGUGUUUUUGACCCUAUACUUAAAGGUGGAGAACGUAAUGAUUUGGCUCCAUCACAUAGCAACCGAAAUCCUGCAUCUGGAAUCCUCUCUUCUCCUGCUUCAGGUAUCAGGCCACCCAUGAGGUCAGUUUCUAGUGGUUGGGAUGUGCUUGAUCCAAGCCAGUUUCCUAGGGACGCCAAGCGGUCGAGGAUUGAUUCUGCACCGUCUGUUGAUGAUGAUUCUUUUCCUGCUAGAAAGAUGGGUGAUUGUGAUUUGGGUUUGGACAAAGCAUAUGGGCUAGGUCCUAGAGGUGCAUAUCCAAGUUUCCAGGGGAAUAAUAGUCCUAGUCCAGUUGGUGGUAGGCUUAAGGGUCAUUUCGAUGAUAAUUUCAUAUGGCGUGGGAUUGUGGCCAAGGGUGGAAUGCCUGUAUGCCAUGCCCGUUGUGUCCCUGUAGGAAAAGGGAUAGAAUCAGACAUACCUCCUGUCAUAAAUUGCUCGGCAAGGACGGGGCUGGAUGUGCUGGCUAAACACUAUGCUGAGGCAAUUGGGUUUGACAUUGUUUUCUUCUUACCAGAUAGUGAGGAUGAUUUUGCUUCCUAUACAGAAUUUUUGCAUUACUUGGGUUCGAAGAAUCGAGCUGGUGUAGCAAAGUUUGAUGAUGGGACCACUCUAUUUCUUGUGCCCCCAUCAGAUUUCUUAAAGAAUGUGUUGAAAGUUGCAGGACCUGAACGCCUGUAUGGUGUAGUUCUCAAGUUGCCGCAUCGGGCCCCUAACAAUACAUCAAUGCAGCAACAAUUGCCUCAGCCCAUCCAUUUUUCUCAGUACACAAACAAUCAGAUUUCGCCACCAGAAGCUGACUAUAAUUUGCUCCAUCAGCAGGAGGAGCAAGUGAUGUCAAUCCAUCAUAACAGGGUUUUGCAUGAGGAUUCAAAGCUUCCUUCAAAACCAAUUUAUCCGUUGACAACAGUGUCCCAUGCAGUGCUGCCAGUCCCCCAAGAAUAUGCCUCAAAUCACAGUGCAGCACCGUCCUCUGCUGGAUUUUUGACACCUGAUCUUAUUGCUACUCUUUCAACUUUACUGCCUGCAAAUAAGCAGUCUAGUUCAGAAUGUAACCAACCAGAAUUGGCCUCUCCUAUUGUCAUGCCACCAUUUUCUUCAGUUAUCCCUGACAAAGGAACUUCCUCUCAGGGAUGGAAGCAUGAUAAUCAAGUUUCUGGAAAUACAAGUCAUUUACAAUUUGGGAACCUCUUGAAUUAUCAAGUGCAGGUUCAGUCUCAGUUCCAGCCUUGCCCAUCUGUCCCCAGCACAUAUAAUCAUUCAACAAAUGUGGUCCCUAGAAACAGUCAAAUCCAAGAUUCUACUGUCAGCCUAUCUCUUCAGAGUGUAACUCCAUCCAGGCCAUUGACUAGCUUUUCCAUGCCUUCUCAAAGUGGACAGUUUGCUUUGUCUCCACAGGUUCAGGGCACAAAUUUUUCCCAGACCCAAUCUGGGAUCCCACCAUCUGUAGACAGAGGGAAUGGGGAGCUUCCCAGUCAAGUGCAGCAAUUCCAACCUGCUCUUUCUGUAUCUGGGCUGGGUAUCUCAGAGGCUGAUAAGAAUCAGAGAUACAAGUCAACGCUGCAGUUCGCAGCCAACCUCCUGCUCCAGCUACAGCAGCAGCAGAAUACUAGCAACCCUGAUGCACAUGGAUCUGGGAAUCAGCAAUGAGUUUUCUCUUGAGGAAACAAAGAUGUGCAGAUAAGUAAAUCCAUGGAAGUGCUUGUACAUUGAUUUUGAUAUAGUAAAGUUAGAUGUUGGGAAGCAGUAUUGUCAUGGCUGUUUUGAGGAGCUUGAGUUUUUUUUUUAAGGUGCCCAGGAAGAGAUGACUUGCUUUAUAUUGGGUUAGAACUUAAUUAUCGGAGUUCUAUUUGAUAUUUUGAUGAUACAAGGGAUUUGAUUCAGGAAGAAAUGGCCGAUUUAUUCAUGGACCCAUCCUUGUGUCUAUUUCUCUCCCAUGCUACAAGUAUUGGUAGUUACAGUUCAAACACUAAAGAAUUUUGUCAAAGAGAGGCUAUUCAUGUUGGUCAACUGUCUGUCGUAGUUAUUUAUCUAUGUAGCAUUUCCCAUCCAAGCUAUCUGGACCAACAAUUAUGACAGUAAUGGCAAUUGCAGGAGGUGACUUCAACAAUCUAGCAGUUGCACUUAAUGCUUAUCGGUGUAGCCUUUUUUCUCAACUUUUAGGGGGUCCAAAAGCAUAGGCUUACUCUAUGAUGCUCCUAUCCAAGAAGGCCUUCAAUAGGUUUUCCUGCUUGUUAAAUGCUGUGCUAUGUCAGACAUGAAACCUGGCUGAAAGUAAGAACUGGUUGUGUUGUGCAUCUUGAAUUAAACCUAACAA